GGGAAAGUUGCUUAAAGAGUGACCUCUAGCGGCCAGUCCCCGUAUCGCCCGUAUACUACUACUCUACGUCACUUCAGUGACCCGCUCUUCCCGCCCCAUUCGGUAACCAGGUAACGGCUUCUUGUUGCUGGCUUCUUUUCCCGGCGUGCAUUUGGAAAGCAAGAUGGCGGCUGCCAGCUGUGAUGUUGUGGGCUGGAGAUGUAGAGAUAAUUCGUGAAGGAGAUGGAGGAGACUUCGGUGUUUCUGGUGUGCCUGACGGCCAGCAGCGGGGUGCCCCUUUACUGCCGGAGCAAGGGCAGCAGCCGUCAGCUAACGUUUUCGGUUAUCGGAUCGCUGAAUGGCGUGCACAUGUUUGCCAAUAACCAGGAUGUCCUUUUAAUGUCUACACGCACCGAGAAUAGCAGGGUGGUGUGGAGAACCUUCCAUGACAGCAUUAACUUAAUCGUGAUGUCCUGUGAAAAUACGGCCAGCGACUUCUCAUUGAACAAACUACUGGAGAAUGUCUUCAGCGCCAUGGUUCUUGUGAUCGGCUUAGAUGACCUUGUCAAUAUAAAAAAUGUGGAACGUUUGAAGAAGGAACUAAGAGCAUGCUACAAGUUGAUUGACAGCUUCUUAACAGAGUCAGAGAAGAUGGCAGACCUAACUCAAUGUGUGGACUGCAUCAUUGCCCAUGAUGUGGCCAUUCUUCAGGAAUGCCUUGAUGGAUUCACCCAAGCUGCAGAAAGUGAGUUUGGUUGCCUUAUGGCUGGAGGGAAAGUGGUCGCAGCCACAGAGAAGUGGUGGAGGCUGGCAUCUCAGGAUGUAAUGCUGCUGUGUUGGUUGGUGGCCUCCUUGUCUCCUCAUUCUUCACGGGAUUACCCUGUCUACCUGCCUCAGGGCAGCCCCACAGUUCCUCACAGACUGCUCACCUUUCAGUUGGUUCCCGGGGUAGAUGUGUGUGUACUUUGCGGUCCCAGUCCAUCUUUACAAAAGGUGGAGUCAGAGUUGGUGGAAAGGUUUUGGAAACCAGUUGUGGAUCCACUAAAAUCCUGUUUAAGAGUACAGCUAAGAUCAUUUCCGGCCUCAGUCCCUCUUCAUCAUGGGAUUGUGGGACUCUUGCUAGUUAACCGGGAUCUGAAUAAAAGGUUAUACUCUGUGCAGGUUCAUCCCAUGGAAGAGAUGGAAAGAACUGAGCUGAAGUUUACCUUGGAGCAACGCAGAGCAGCCCUUCGCUCUUUUUGUACACUUGCCCUUUCUCGUUACUUUAACCCUGACAGCGUUGAUGGAAAAAACACUCCUUAUGAAGAGAGGUUUGCCUCAGGCUUCAGUCACCAUGCUCACCAGUGCUACACCGUAUCCAGUUCCCACAAGUGCUACGCCGUCAAGACUGAGCUACAUCUUCUCUUCCUUGUAUUCCAGCCAGAGGUGCCUACGUUCAGCAUGCAGACUAUCGCCAGCAAAACCCUGCAGGUGUUUACCAAGGACUUCCCCUUCUGAGUGGUAAAUGGGCACUGUACAGGAUCUACAUCCUUGUACUUACAAAAGCCUUUGGGGCACUUUCACCUCUUCAUUUAAUGGCACUGUAAAGGUGACUCCUAUGCUUUUAAGAAAUGGUAUUGUUCAAAAGACACCUGUUCUCUAUCUGUCAGCAAUCGCUGGAAUAUUUAUUUAACACGCACAUUGAAAGCCACAGAUGUGGCAACACCAGGAAGUAAAAAUCGGUUCUGGAUCACAGGAUCAAGUUGACGUAUGGCGAAUGACGCUGUCAGCUGAUUAGCAGAGUGGAAUUUGUCAUUGAGCCAGUUGUCCUCUUCAUCAUUUAGAUAAGGAUGGAACAUUUUAUUUUAUUUUUAUUUUUUACUUCCACAAAUAGGUGUAUCACCAUACCAAAAAUAAAGUGGAAAAAACAUGAAAAAUGUAUUAAUGUAAAUGCACCCUAAGGCAUGUACACACUGUAAAACAAAGAUUGCAAAUUAUUGCGUCCGUAAUUGAAAGAAACUGUCUGAAAAAAAAAGUGC